AUGAGCGAGUACGUUUUACUCAUCGUCGGUGCAACAGGCCAGCAGGGACAGGCGGUCAUUGCUGCUCUGCACAAUUUCCCUGCCAAAAGGUCGCCCGUUCGCAUCCUGGCAUUGACCCGAUCUGUAUCAUCGCCGAAAUCCAAGGCACUCCAGGAGAAAUAUCCCGAAAUCACCCUGGUGGAAGGCAAUAUGAAAUCCCCAGGACCCCUGUUCCAAACCACCCAGAACAUAUCAGCCAUCUUCCUUGUCACCGUCCCAGGACACGAAGAGGCACAAGCCAUCCCGCUUAUCGAUGCCGCCACGACGCCUGAUUCCAAGGUGCAACAUAUCGUUUUCAGCAGCGUCGAUCGUGGCGGUGAUCAGGCCAGUUGGACCAAUCCCACUACAGUACCACACUUCGCCAGCAAACACCGGAUCGAGCUCUAUCUAUGUGACGCAUGCAAGCGCAGCGGGAAACAGUGGACAAUCUUGCGGCCGACCGGUUUUAUGGACAAUUAUAAUCCCGGUUUCUUCGGGUCUAUGAUGGCUUCUUUAUGGAAGGCGGGCUUGCCUCCUCAGCGGACAAUGCAGCUGGUCAGCACACAUGACAUUGGCGUGGUCGCGGCUAAGGCGCUCUUAUACCCAGAGCAGUUGGCGAACAGGGCUGUAGGUCUUGCGGGCGAUGAGUUGACGUUCGGCGAAGCGUGCGACGUCUUCAAGAGGGUGCUGGGCCGCGAGAUGCCGCAGACGUGGAGCUUCAUCGCAAAGGGGGUUAUCUGGUGGAUCGAGGAGGCACGGACAAGUUUUGAAUGGUUCGAUCGCGUUGGCAUGCAGGUUGACAUCCAGUCGUUGCGACACGAAGCGCCUGAAGUGCAGACCUUUGAGCGGUGGCUUAGAGAAAGCAGUGGUUGGAAAGACCAAAUAAAGUGA